CACUCUCAGGGGGUUGAACCGGCAAAAUACAACACGAGUUCGCGUUUUCCGCGUCUUUUUAAACAAUUUCCCGUGAUUUUUCCUUACGAUCCGAGUGAAAAAAGCAUAAUGGCGAACAUAACUCCUCACCACUGUCACAUUUUAUUUUACCUAACACUUUUAAACCAUCCCAACCCCAAUUUUCACCAUCAUCACAAUCAAUUCAACUCGAUUUCUUUUAAACAAUCGUUAAAAAACUUAUUUUUCCUGUUUAAACAACAUUUAAACCCACAAAACAAUCGUAUUUGGAAUUUACACUUUUAGGUUAUGUUUAUUUCUCUCUUAGAAAUCGAAUCAUGGAGCAAUUAACCGCUUCGGAUGGGCAAGUUGUGAUGCAAGCAGUUCAGGGGGUUGGUCCCCAACAAGUUCAAGUCAUGCAGAUGAAUACGGGGCAGGUCAUCCAAGGUGCCAACGGACAACAAAUUAUGGUACAUACAAUGCCGCAGAAUGGACAGAUUCAAGUCACACCGGGUGGGCAAGGUCUUCAACAAAUCCAAGUUUUACCUGUGUCAAGCAUCCAAGGUACACAGGGACAAAUUUUAUUGCAACAACCCCAACAAGCUCAAAUUCUUCAAAUGCCUGAUGGACAAACUUUUAUUUAUCACCCCGUCGUGGAUAACACCACAAUUCAACCUGCGGUGCAACCAACAGUUUUUAAUUUGAGCGGUAGUUUAGUACAAAUAACCGGUACUCCUCAAGUGCCAACAACAGCGACAACAGUAACUCAACCCACAGUGACAUCCCCACCUCCAACAGUGGUCCCCCAAGCGACUGUAGCAGCCGCUACAGCACCUAACCAAUUAGCAAUGUCUAACGGAAACAUUGUAAUGGUGAGAAACACUAACGAUAUGGUUCCUAGUACGAGUAAUGUAACACAAAUCCAAAGGGUACCCAUAACAGGAACUGAGUUUUUAGAAGAAGAACCCCUUUAUGUUAAUGCAAAACAAUAUAGGAGAAUAUUAAAACGAAGACAGGCAAGAGCAAAACUUGAGGCUGAUGGGAAAAUUCCUAAAGAAAGACCGAAAUAUUUACACGAAUCAAGACAUAGACACGCAAUGAAUAGAAUAAGAGGAGAAGGUGGACGAUUUCAUUCCGGUUCGGUAAAAAAACAAAAACAAGAAGAAGAACGACAACAACAGCAGCACGUACAACAAACCCAAACGGUACGAGGGACAAUAUACAAUAACCUGGAAAAUACAAUCACUAUAAUUGAGCCCACAAUUCAAGAUCAUCACCUGUCGGAUCCUUUAUCAUAAAAUUGAAUCUGUUACUUCAUUUAAUUUAUAUUACGCUGUUUGUUAUACUUGUAUAUAUCUUCACCUGGCUGUAAAUAUGAAAUUUAAUUACUCAUAUUUUUUUAUAUCAAUAAUUCGACUUGUUUACGAAAAUCCAUUGGACGUUAAUGAAAUUAAGUUUUUUUUUCCUUUUUAUUGAAUUUUUGUAUUUUAUUAAUUCACUUGUGUUAAGAAUGGGUAAAUCGAUGUGUGUGUAUUUGGUAUUGUGUACGUGACCCCAUUUUUCGUCAUCGCUUUGUAGAUUGUACGGAAUAAUUACGAUAAUUAAUAAUAAUUUAUAGCUUUAUAAAUA